AUGCACAACAACUACGACGAUGCGAACGACGACACGCAACUACAGAUGAGUGAAAUGACGUCAACAAACUUUCUGACAUCUGGCGAACGUUGCUGGGAAAAACGGCGUUCGAAUGGAAUUAAAAAAGGCACUUGGUGUGAUAAGAAGCCCGUGCAAUUUGACUAUUGGAAUGAUUGCUCGCCGUACAAAGAGUACGAAGAAAUAAGUCAGCUGAUAAGAAGCAACCUAUUUCCCGGCUAUAGCCACUCAACAACGAAGUACUCCCUCUACGAUGAUGACUACAACUCUGACGUCGUACACAAGCGGUGUGAAACUGAAGCACAUGAGGAAUUUAAAAGGAGAACAAAAUGGCGCCAAAAAGCCAUCGAAGAAAGGACCUUGCAGAAGAAAAUCAACGAAAUUCAGAACAGGAAAAAUAAUAGAAAUAAUAAUAAAAAGGCAGAUAAAAACGAGGACUUGAGUUUGAAUAAUAGAAAUAAAAAUAAAUAA